GGCGGGUCUCAAAUCGUGGGGUUACCUGGCUCGCGAUCUCUGUCGUCACGACGGGACUUCCAGAUCGAGCCAACAACAGCCCCGAGCCCGAUCCUGACAUCUAGAAAACUGUGGACUAUCGGUGGAUAAGAUCGAACCCACGAUAAGAGCAAAUUGGGUUUUGGACUUAGACUUGAGGCCAGCAUGGCUUCAGCUACAAGUUCACCAUGUCGACCGCACAGCGCCUUCAUCGAUUCGUGGCUGCCUGACCAUGGGAUCUGAGUACCAGGAGCAGAGGAGGAGGCUGGAAGAGCUUCGGCGUGUUGCUGAACUCAGAAAUGCGCAGCAGACAGUGUCUGAAAACUCCGUCGUGGGCUCUGGGGGUGCGGGCAGUAGCCAGGAGAUGAUGAUGAGGGGAGGGAGUUCUGGCACAGCGCAACAGCAGAGGCAAGAUCCGUUGAUCUACCCUGGUCUUUAUUCUCCGAGUGGCUUCGAUAUGAUGGGCAUCCUGGUCCGCGUCCGCCAACGUCCAAAUCCAACGAUCGACAUAGGAAACAUCGACAGCGGCGUGGCUCUCGUGCUCUGCGACUCCGCAAUGCCCGACAUGCCAAUCGUCUACUGCUCCGAGCCCUUCGAGAACCUGACCGGCUACUCCAGCGCCGAAAUACUCGGCCACAACUGCCGAUUUCUCCAGCACCCUACAGGCGGCUACUGCCACGACGAGCGGGCUCGGACCGCCAACGAACUUUCGCGGCGGGAGAUUAAAGAAAGGUUUGCUCGGGGGGAAGAGGCGAGAGUUAGAUUCUGGAACUUUACGAAAGAGGGGAAGAUGUUUGUUAAUGUUCUGACGACGAUUCCGAUUACCUGGGAAGAAGGGAGGGGCGAAGAAAAGAGAUAUAUUGUUGGAUUUCAGGCAGAUGAAGGGAGGAUAUACUGUGGAUAGAGAGAGCUUGCAUAUCGGAUGGCUGGCCGGGCAUUGGAAAUGGCGUUACGAGAGGACUAGGCAGAAUUUUGGACUCAUGUUUUUCUUUAGGGGUUUUUAUCUUGGAUAUUUGGAGUUUUGAUGGGGGCAUACCAAUUCUAGUUGGAAAUUCCCAAAAGCAAGGAAUUAAAAAGAUUUCUAGGAAACGAAUCCAUGCAAGUCUUUCUAGUGGAGUUUUCGUGGAAGGCAGUGCAGGUUGAAAAACUGAUGAUGUGGAAAGUUGAAGCCAUGGGACUCCGAGGACAAAAUAGGACUUCCUAUUGGUGGCUGGCUCGUCCUGGUCACGGAUCUCUUUCUGGAAGCUUAAGUAUUGAUGCACCUCGGAAUCAACACUCGUUAAUGCUUGGCUCCUAAGUGCUCCCCCCCCCCAAAAAGAGGAGAAUGGGAAC